GCGGACCCCGCAGCGAUGAAGGGGCCCCCGGGGGCCCGCAACCCGAGAGCCCCCGGGGCUGGAGGCGCGCGCGGCCCGGGCCAACAGCCUGGGGGCGCCGGGGCCGGCGCGUAGGGGCCGCCACCGCGAUGGAGCGCGCCGGGGACGAUCCGGACUCGUCGCCGCAGACACUUGGACUCGGCUGGAUUCAAGCAACAUGCCUGCCGCUAUGAUUUCUAUUACAGUUGGCGUCGCCCAGCAACCGUGGUGCUCUCUGUGCGCCAAGCGCCAUGAUCGUGUUUUCCAUGGACCCCUCAUUUGAUCCCAAAGUGGCCUGGUGUCCACCCCGCAGGGUUCCUGACCCACCCCAGAAGGCAACCCCCACCAGACUCCGGUAGGGCCGGACUCCGCAGACCUGCUUCGGCAAUGGGUAACGAGGAGCUGUGGGCCCAGCCAGCCUUGGAGAUGCCAAAGAGACGGGACAUCCUCGCGAUUGUCCUCAUCGUGCUGCCUUGGACGCUGCUGGUCACCGUGUGGCACCAGAGCACCAUCGCACCCCUGCUCGCCGCACACAAGGAUGACGGCAGCGACCCCCGGCGCGAGGCACCACCCGGCGCGGACCCCAGGGAGUACUGCAUGUCCGACCGCGACAUCGUGGAGGUGGUGCGCACCGAGUACGUGUACACGCGGCCCCCGCCCUGGUCCGACACGCUGCCCACCAUCCACGUGGUGACGCCCACCUACAGCCGCCCGGUACAGAAGGCUGAGCUGACGCGCUUGGCCAACACACUGCUGCACGUGCCCAACCUGCACUGGCUGGUGGUGGAGGACGCGCCGCGCCGCACGCCGCUGACCGCGCGCCUCCUGCGCGACACCGGCCUCAACUACACGCACCUGCACGUGGAGACGCCGCGCAACUACAAGCUGCGCGGGGACGCGCGCGACCCGCGCAUCCCGCGGGGCACCAUGCAGCGCAACCUGGCCCUGCGCUGGCUGCGUGAGACCUUCCCGCGCAACUCCAGCCAGCCCGGCGUGGUGUACUUCGCGGACGACGACAACACCUACAGCCUGGAGCUCUUUGAGGAGAUGCGCAGCACCAGGAGGGUGUCCGUGUGGCCCGUAGCCUUCGUCGGCGGCCUUCGGUACGAGGCCCCGAGGGUCAAUGGGGCCGGGAAGGUGGUCGGCUGGAAGACUGUGUUCGACCCCCACCGGCCGUUUGCCAUAGACAUGGCGGGCUUUGCGGUCAACCUGCGGCUCAUUCUGCAGCGAAGCCAGGCCUACUUCAAGCUCCGCGGCGUGAAGGGCGGCUACCAGGAAAGCAGUCUCCUGCGAGAACUUGUCACCCUCGGUGACCUGGAGCCCAAGGCAGCCAACUGCACCAAGAUCCUGGUCUGGCACACACGGACUGAGAAGCCGGUGCUGGUGAACGAGGGGAAAAAAGGCUUCACUGACCCCAUGGUGGAGAUCUGAGCCCCAGGACACAGGAGCCCCCUUCUCAGACCUGCUCCUGGCCACCUGUGCUCCCCACGCAGGUGGUCCCUCCGAGGCGGACUCCUGUGGAAUCGCCGUCACCCUCCUUUCUACUCUGGGGCCUUCAGAGAGACCAGCCUGAUGCCAGGACAAAGGACGGAGACCCUAAAGCACAGAAACCCCAGACCUGUUGUUCUGUUUCGUCUGCCCUGGCAGGGCCGGCAGGGGCAGACACCAUGGGCCCCAGCCCGGGAGUGAUGCCAGGCUGGGCGGGGGCGAAAGACCCCGGCAGUCCAGCAGAGGGCUCCCCGGCUCCCCCUCGAGGCCCCACGACCGCACAGGACACCUGGCCAGGGACUGCGGAAGACGGCAAGCAGCCCCCACGCCCGGCAUCAGGAACGAGCUGCUCCGAGACGCAGCCCCUCCAGCCGGCUUUCCUCUGGCUCCUGCUCCGGAGCGGAAGGCUGUCUGUGCUCCCAGCAGGUGGCCAGCCCUGUGUGCGGGGAGUCAGGCUGCCAGCGGGCUCCCCUCCCCGUACCUCAACCUCGUGGAGGGAGCAGAGCGCCUUCCCCGGCUCUCGUCCCAGCGCAAGGAAGGAGGUGGGCCCUCGACCCAGCACAGGGUAUAGACCACACGGCACCUCCCCAACGCCCACUGGGCUCCGGGCCCCUCGCCUGGGCUGGGACUGGGGAGGCAGGAGCCCCCAACCCAGAGCCGUGAGAACCACAGGCCUCAGGGGCUCGAGGGAGCAGGUGGGCCAGGAAGAGAGAGGAGGGGCCCGGGCGGUCCCAGGGCUCCUCCCUGCCCCUGGCUGGGGGACUCUGGAUUAGCAGAGGGAUUUACAGAAGCGGGCAGAGAUGAUCCGGACCCUGAGGGCAGGAUACCUGAGCACACACUGCUUUGGAAAUCAUGUGAUUUACACACCAAGCGAGAAGUAAAACCUCCCUUCUCCCUAAACUGGGGGCCCGAAGAGCAAGCCGGCCUCAUGUCCAGUCGCCCCUCCGCCCCAGAGAAGGAACCGUGCGCGGCCCUCAGCCAGGAGAAGAGGUGCCCGUCUCCCUGGCUUCCCGACGGGGCCGGCCUUCCGCCAGUCUCCACUCACACUCCCGAGCGUUGGAAGCACAAUUUUCCUCCCCCGUGGAGGCAGAGGAAGGGCCCGAGCCCGCUGAACAGGUGUUUACUUUUAACCGCUAAUAGCCCCUACUCCGCUUAGACUCACCGGAUGGGCCUGCGGGCCUUGGAGAGCCCACUCCUGGGUGCGUGGAUGGGUGGGCGGUGGGCCACAGCCCAGCGACCUAACAUUCACGGAGGAGUAUCGGCUGCCUGUUUUGAAGUGGAUUUAACUCCUCACCAUAGUCACGAAAACUUCGAGGGAGGGCUCACGUCCCUGAGGGCCCUGAGCCACCUGCAGGACGUCCCACACCCAUGGUUGCCUGGGAACCAAGUGGGUGGUGGGGAGGGGAGGGUGGGCGAGGGCGGGCACCGUCGAGCAAGUGAACUCAUGCAGGGUACUCCACUGCCUCACGCGCCGGGACCAGCCCCAAACGCGGGGUCAGCUUGGCUGGGCUUGGGCCACCUUGGCCCGAAACCCAGGGCUCGUUUUCAGGAAAUUGAUAAUGAACGACAACAUGGUUCCUCUCUUUUUUUUUGGCAGAUGCUAGUUCUGUUGUUUUCACCUAAUAUCCUCUCUUAGCUGCAUGUGUAUUUAUUCAUCAUUAUAACCCUGAUGGACCGCAGCUUUCACCUUCAUUGGGAAUGAGUUUGCUGUGAAGCAGAAUUGGGCCCAUGGCUACAGUUUUUCCAAAUGCAGCCUGUUCCCUGCUCGCCCCCGUACAGGAGCGAGGUGGGGGCCGGCGUCCGGAGGACAGAGACGGGGAGGGUGGGGCCCCCAAGCUGCACUAUCGGGUCUGUUUUAAUUUAACUGUAUUUAAUUUGUUUUGAAAUUAAAAGUCAACUAUGGUU